AUGAAAGUUGCAACAUGGAAUGUGAGGGGAUUCAAUAAGCUUCAUAAGCAUAAAGAGAUGAUGAGGAUAGUGAAUAAAGAGAAAGUGGUGGUGAUGGCCAUUACUGAACAUAGAGUUACUGAGCAAAAAGCACCAAGUAUUAUCAAAAAAGUUGAUAUUAACUUUGCUUUCACUGCCAUUUAUGGAUUACAUACCAUUGAUGAUAGGAAAAUUUUGUGGCAAGACAUUCAGAGACUUGAGCCUAAUAUCCAACAACCUUGGCUUGUUAUGGGGGACUUUAAAGCUGUUUUGAAACAUAAUGAUAGAAUGGGAGGUAGUCCAAUCCAGGAUGCUGAAGUAGCUGAUUUUGAACAACUCCUGGACACAACUAGCCUAACUGUGAUGAAAACUGUGGGAAGAUUCUACACCUGGACAAACUCUCAUGUCCAUAGUAGGAUAGAUAGGGGACUUGUUAAUGCUGAGUGGAUGAACUUGUGGCCACAUUUGGAGGUGGAAGCUACUGAUCCUUACUUCUCUGAUCAUUCCAUGCUGUGUGUUACAUUUGCUAGCGAUCAAAGAAGAAGUGCAAGACCAUUUAGGUUUCUAAACCACCUAACAACUCAUACAGAUUUUCACGAGGUAGUGAAACAAGUCUGGGAUACUCCAAUGCAGGGGAGUCAUAUGACUCUUAUUUGGAAUAAACUGAAACUUAUGAAGGAGGAGAUGAAAAAAAUGAAUCACCAAGAAUUUUCAAAUGUCGAGCAGAGGAUACAGAGCUACAGGCAACAGUUGAGUGAAGUUCAGGAACAACUUAGAGAUUGCUUCUCCGAUCCCACAUUAUAUGCCACUGAAAAAGAAAUUAAGCUUUCUCUUGAGAAGUGGAUAUUAGUUGAAGAAAGCAUUCUCAGACAGAAAUCCAGAGUACAAUGGUUGAAGUUAGGAGAUACAAACUCAAAGAUAUUUCCAUGCCUGUCUCAAGAAUAG